CGUUCCCCAAUCCCCACGGUACCGGGCUACCGGCGCACCGAGGCGGCGCUCCCUGCCUGCUGACAAGCAAUAAAAAACAGCAGACUAGCGGAGAAAAAAAAUGCUGGCUCUGCUUCCUCCCGCCUCCUCCAUCCGUGCCCUCGCCUUCCACCGCCGCCUCCCAGUUCCCCUCCUCCUCCCCCCGCCGCGGACGCUUCCCCGCCUCGGCCCGGCCCCCGCGCGCUCCUUCAUGGCCUUCUCCGCCGAGCCGGCACCGGGGGAAGAGAAGGCGGAAUCGGAGGAGGAACCCUUCCCCGCCACCGCCGCGGCCGGCGGCGGCGCCGGUGACGCGGGCGAGUUGAGCCACGAGGAGUGGCGGCGAUGGGGCACAUCCUCGCCGCUCCCGGGCGCGGUGGCCGCCGUCGUCCGCGAGCUGCUCGAGAUGGAGGCCGCCGCCGGCGAGAAGAUGCGCUUUGGCGGCGUCGGCUCCAAGCUGAAGGGUGAUUUCAAGGACGUGGAGGACAAGAAGCACAGGGCUGUCUAUGAGACGCUUGCCGACUCCGACCAGAAGCUGCAGUAUUUCUCGGCGCGGCAGAUUGGUUGCCGUUUGCUAGGGAGCAGAGGGUACCUGUGCCAGAAGUGCUGGCUACCAGCUGAAGAUUGUAUGUGCGCAAAUGUUUUUCCUUGCAAUCUUUGGAGGGGGAUGAAAUUCUGGUUAUAUAUGCAUCCAAAGGACUUUCUACGCCAAAACAACACUGGAAAGUUACUCUGGCAAGUAUUUGGCAUCCAAGCUGCACAGCUAUGCCUCUUUGGUAUCCAGGAGCAUGAAGAUAUAAUGUGGGAUGCAUUUCAGCGUUCAGGAAAGGGGAAGAUCUCAUUUCUAUAUCCAAACAAGAGUACCAUUCCCAAGUCAGUCAAAGACCUCAAAUUCGAUGGUUUGUCCUUGAGUUCUGACCUUCAUGACAUGAGUUCACAGGAUGAACCUUUCAACUUCAUUUUGCUUGAUGGUACCUGGAGUAAUUCUGCUGCACUGUACAGAAGGUUGAAGGAGAGAUGGACUGCAAUAUGGGGAGAUGAAGAUAUUCCUUGUAUCUCACUAUCUACGCUUAGUGCCUCAGUGAUGCAUAAACUGCGACCGCAGCCAGCAUGGGAUCGCACCUGCACUGCAGCAGCUGCAGCUGGACUCCUCUGGGAGUUGAAUUUGCGGCCUGAGCUCAGCACAUUAGAGUUUGAAAAGCAAGCUGAGGCAGUGGAGUGCUCAUUAGAUAUCUUGCUGGAUGCUCUCACCACUCGACGGGUUCGUCUGGGUCGAUCGAUAACCCGAAAACAGAGACAUAAUAGGAACUGCAUAUAGGGAAGCAUAUACAUUAAAGUGGAAGGCUGAGGGUGUGUUUGGUUUUAUGCCCAUGCCUGCUGAUUGAUUUUUUGGUUCUUGACUGUGAUUGCUCCUCUCGUUCGGAUGGGCGCCAACCUAAGACGUGCCCACAUGCUUGCUCUCACGCCCAGGCGGUGGCUGAUUCCUCCCAAUUAUUUGGCAAUCCAACGGUUUUGGCAGGGCAGGGCAUGGGCACAAACCGAACGCACCCGCAUGCUGAGUUCAUUCUUUUUAUAGAAUUGCAUAGCUGAUUGGCUAGUCAAAUAUUUUCCCCCUCCUUUUCUGGUUGCUAAAUCUUUCAGUGCAGUAUAGUUUUUUAUAACGAUAAUUGUGAUGUUGCUGAUAAGCAUGAAGAAGAAUUUUUUUAAACGAA